CUUAAUAAUGUCUACUCAAAUGACGGGAGCAACUACACAAGGUGUAAAAAAAUAACAAACGGCGCAAACGGCCUUUCCCCCCCUUACUCGAUCUCUGCACCUCUCACCUCACGCAGCCAUGCAAAGUGUUGCACUACCUGCAGUUGAGACAGCCCUUUGCAAAGGGAUCCAACAAAUAUUAUUCGGCUGCGAUGGCCGUACGCCAUUGAGCAGUGGGAUUGAAAGAGGAGAAGAGGAGACAUGCGCUUUAUCCUUUAUCGAAGAUAUGGAUCAAACCGUACCAGCACCAUGUUCUGCCACUUCAAGGAGGUAUGCAUUAAUGGAGCUACACUUACGCCAGGCGAAGAAGAACAGGCGAAGGAGACCGGGCUGAUGCUGAGCUUGGUACUGCCUAUGAAAGCGAAUAAUGGAGUAAGGGAGUGAGUUGGAGCGUAGGAGUGAGA